AUGAACCCCCUCCGCCAUGACUUCAUCAAGUCCUGUCUCCGGCGGUCCUCUUCCAGCACACCUCCAGACGCCGACACGCAGAAAUACACCUACCUCGACAUAGGCUGCGGUGGGGGCAUCUUCGCCUCCUCAGCCGCCCGGCUCCCCCAUACCGCGCGAGUAACGGCAAUCGACCCCACGCCGGACGUGAUCGCGGUCGCGAAAUCGCACGCCCGCAGCGAUCCGAUCCUCUCACAAUCCGCCAAAUUAGAAUAUCUGAACUGUGCGAUUGAAGACCUCCCCCUCUCCUCCGGCAGCCCCGAGUCCCCACCCCCCAAUGGGCGACAAUACGAUAUAAUCACCGUGUUCGAAGUGCUCGAGCACAUCGAUUCACCUGCGUCGUUCCUCGAGACCGCGAUUCCUCACUUAAAGCCCGGGGGGUGGCUGAUUGGUAGCACCAUCUCGCGCCACCCGAUCGCCUACCUUACGACGAAGUUGAUUGCCGAGGCGCCGGUGAUAGGCGUCGUGCCGAGGGGCACGCACGACUGGAACAAAUACAUCAACCCGAGUGAAUUGCGGCAGUAUUUCGAAAGUGGGCGCGCGCCGGGGCGGUGGGGCAGUUUCGUCACACAAGGCGUGGUCUAUCUCCCUGGUGUGGGCUGGAAGAAUGUGACGCGAAGUGAAGACUUUGGGAAUUACUUCUUCGGGGUCCAGAAAUUGGAGUGA